AUGAAUCCUUCUGCUGGCUACAAGUGGGGCUCCUCUAAAAAGCGUUAUGAAUGGAAAAACGAAUAUACACAACAAGGCUUUGCUCCUCGAGAUGCUGAAUUGGAGAGAGAUCUCUUUGGUGAAGAAAACCACGUACAUUCCGGUUUGAACUUUACUAAAUACGACUCUAUUCCUGUAAAAGUCAGUGGUCAAAACCCGCCUCCAAGCUUUGAAAGGUUUGAACAAGCUAAUCUACACCCUUGCAUGAAAGAAAAUGUUGCCUUAGCUCGUUAUGUUGUCCCUACACCCGUUCAAAAAUACAGUAUUAGUAUUGUAACAGCCGGUCGUGAUUUGAUGGCUUGCGCUCAAACAGGCUCUGGCAAAACAGCUGCCUUCCUUAUCCCUACUUGCUCUGCUUUGUUUUACCAAGCAUUAAAUUUAAUCCAUCGCCCUCAACCCCAUGACUAUCGUUUCAAAGCCUCUCCACUUGUCUUGAUCAUGUCUCCCACUAGAGAACUCUCCAUCCAGAUUUUUGAUGAAGCUCGUCGCUUUUGUUACAGAAGUAUGCUACGUCCUUGCGUUGUCUAUGGUGGUGCCGGUAGCGGUGGCCAGCUUCAGGAAUUAGCUCGAGGAUGUGAUAUUCUCAUCGCUACUCCCGGUAGACUGGUCGACUUUAUUGAUCGUGGCAAAGUCGAUUUGUCCCGUAUAAAAUACCUUGUUUUAGAUGAAGCAGAUCGUAUGUUGGAUAUGGGUUUUGAGCCUCAAAUUCGUCAAAUUGUUCAGCAAAAAGGUAUGAAUCGUGAUCGCGUAACGCUUAUGUACAGUGCUACCUUCCCUAGAGAAAUUCGCACCUUGGCUCGUGAUUUCCUGAAGCCUGAUUAUCUAUUCUUGAAGGUUGGACGUGUGGGUGGUACCACCACUGACAUUACUCAAAGAGUAAUGUGGGUAGAAGAACAGGAAAAAAAGGAAACUCUCCGAAAGUUAUUGGCGAGUGGACCACCUUGCCGCACAUUGAUCUUUGUUGAAACAAAGCGUAUGGCGGAUACCUUAGAUCAGUUCUUAUUCGACUCUGGCUUUCCCUGCACCUCUAUCCAUGGUGAUAGAACACAGAACGAGCGUGAAGAUGCCCUUUUGGCCUUCAAGUCUGGUACUUGCCCUAUCUUGGUCGCCACCGCCGUGGUUGCACGUGGUAUCGAUGUCAAAAGUGUCAUGCAUGUAGUCAAUUAUGAUAUGCCACAAGACAUUGACGAAUAUAUCCAUCGUAUUGGUCGUACUGCUCGUGUGGGUAACUCUGGUUUAGCUACUAGCUUCUUCAAUGAUAGGGCUAGUAGUUUAUGCAGAGAUUUGACCAAACUUUUACUUGAAUGCCGUCAAGACGUGCCUGAAUUCUUAAAGCCGUAUGUCACAAAGAAUUUGAAAUUCGAUGACGAUGAUGAUUGA